AUGGUGAAGCCUCAGGGACGGCGGCUAUUCGCCAUCACCUACUCGGGGACGUCGAAUGAAACAUCCACCCCCGGGACGCAGCACGAUGGUCUUGAACCAAUGGCCAACAUUCUUGGCUGCAACCGCACAACCUGGAGGAUUAAAAACUCUGUGGGCGCUUAUCCACAGGUGUCUUCACCAAAGUACGUGUCACCUAGAUUGCGCGCUGCAUUCCAGUUUAUUGCCGACGGCGACGUCCCUCAUGGGAACGAGACUGCAAAGAGCUACUUGCAGGCGAGCCCGAAUAAUGAUGAUGUAUGCAAGGGGACUAAAUGGGCGGGAAGUUCACACUGA